CAAACACGUGUCGAUGUCCCAAAACAAGAAGAAAAAUAAUAUAUCCUCCUAAAAGAGGAUAAUACAGUAAAUUCCACAUCAUCGUCAGCUUGACGCUUUCUCCUUUCUUCAAAAUCCCCAAAUCAAAAAUAAUUUCUCACACGAAAUUAGGGUUUCCAAUUAUUAAACCCUAAAUACCCGCUCAAAUUCAAUCGGUUAGUAUUUUUUUUCAUGAUCAGAUUCAGCUCGGAGAUUCUGAAUCGAAAUACUCAAUCUUGAAUUAAUGGAUUUUGACUAUAACGGAGGCAACACCACCAACACAAACAAGCGAGUUUUUAACCGAUUAGGAGGGGGCCAAUCGGCGAACGACACGUCAAAUCACAAUCACCUUCAGCAGAAUCAGAAGGUCUGUUACCAUUGGAGAGCUGGGAGGUGCAAUCGAUUUCCAUGUCCAUUUCUCCACCGUGAACUCUCAGCCCCGCCGACACAUGCGGCAGUGAAUGGGGGAGUAGGAGCGAAAAGAGGGUUUGUGGGAAAUGAUUCGUCGUCGUCGUCGUCGUUUUCGGGGAGGAGGGGUAAUAAUGGUAAUAAUAGUAAUUAUAAUAACAGUUGGGGGCGGUUUGGGAAUAAGGGUGAUGGGAGAGGGGUAAGAGGGGGAAGUGUGGAGAAAGUGUGUACUUACUGGGUACAAGGGCAUUGUAAUCGUGGGGAUACGUGUAGGUUUUUGCAUUCUUGGAGUUUAGGUGAUGGGUUUUCUCUGUUGACUCAACUUGAAGGGCAUCAAAAGGUGAUUAGUGGGAUUGCAUUGCCAUCUGGGUCAGAUAAGCUUUAUACAGGGAGUAAAGAUGAAACUGUUAGAGUUUGGGAUUGCCAGUCUGGACAGUGUAUGGGUGUGAUAAAUCUUGGUGGUGAGGUUGGUUGCAUGAUCAGUGAAGGUCCUUGGAUUUUUGUUGGUACUCCAAAUGUGGUCAAGGCAUGGAAUACACAGACCAACACAGACCUGAGUCUUACUGGACCUGUGGGACAAGUGUAUGCUUUGGUCGUGGGUAAUGAUUUGCUAUUUGCUGGUACACAGGAUGGGUCAAUAUUGGUAUGGAAAUUCAAUGCAGCUACUUACAACUUCGAACCAGCUGCAUCGCUAAAUGAUCACAAAAUGGCAGUUGUUUCAUUGGUUGUUGGAGCUAAUAGACUCUACUCUGGUUCUAUGGAUCAUUCUAUAAAAGUCUGGAGCCUUGAAACCUUGCAGUGUGUACAAACGCUGAAGGAUCAUACUUCAGUUGUCAUGUCACUACUUUGCUGGGAGCAGUUUCUUUUAUCAUGUUCGUUGGACCAAACAAUAAAGGUGUGGGCUGCUACUGAAAGUGGAAACUUAGAAGUAUCAUACACUCACAAAGAAGAACAUGGCCUGCUUACCCUUUGUGGGAUGCAUGAUCUGGAAGGCAAGCCAAUCUUGUUAUGCUCUAGCAAUGACUCUUCAGUCCACCUCUUUGAUUUGCCAUCGUUUUCAGAAAAGGGCAAAAUUUUUGCCAAACAAGAGAUUCGUGCCAUUCAAACUGGUCCUGGGGGCCUAUUUUUCACUGGCGAUGGCACUGGUCAAGUGAGAGUGUGGAAUUCUGUUGCUGUACCAACUGCCACAACUUGAUGGCCAUUUCUAUUUUUAUGUGUCAUCAUGUGUUUUUCCUUCUCUAUUAUUUAAUUUUAAACCCUGUUCUUUUCAUGGGUUCUUGUGUGAUGUAAGUUUGCGGGAGGAAUAAUUAAGUAGAGAUUGCCAGUUUUGGGUUCCUAGUGUUAGUGUGCCACCAUAGUUCUAGAAAAAAGAAGCACGUUCAAUAUCCAAGUUGUACUUGUAUCAGUUGAGAACUCUGAAUCUGGCAUAAGUAAAUUCAUAGCAUUCGCUGCAAUCUGAUCAAUCCAUGUCAAUUGAUUUGAUCCAGAA